UGUUGUGAGGGUGAAGGUGUGGGCCCGCCAGAGACAACUUGGCAGUGGCAGGGGUCGGCUCCUCCCCCCACCCUCCCACCCAUCUUACUCAUAACACACCUCUCCUCUCAACUCUUAAGUCACUUUCAGGUAUUAUCCUGGAUCAUACUUCUCUGAACACCAAGCUUGUGAAACACUUCCGACAUCAACUGGACUUUACCGUUUGGUGGCAAGUCGUUGUCUUUUGAUAAUAAUACAAAGAUGUCAUACGGUUGGGAUCAACAGCAGCAGCCGUAUGGUUCUGGCUGGGGAGAUCAAGGAAGCUUUUCCUAUGACAUGGGUCAAACAGAUUUUGGACAAGAGCAACAGUUUCAAAAUUUUGAAUACAAUAAUCAGCAAGGUCAAGAAGCAUCUAACCCAACUGCUCCUUAUAACAGUGUAGGGAAUCAACCCUCAUUUUUUACCCCUGGACCUUCUAUCAUGACACCAGGCCCAAAUCCAGAAUCCCCAGUCACAGAUUCGUAUUCUUUGGACGAUGAACCACCACUGUUGGAAGAACUGGGGAUCAAUCCGGAUGCUAUUGUGCAGAAAACUCUUACCGUUCUUAAUCCAAUGCGUCGAACCGAUCCAACAAUACUGCAAGACACAGACUUGGCUGGACCCUUAGCAUUUUGUUUGGCUUUUGGCAGUUUUUUGUUACUCUCUGGUAAAGCUCAAUUUGGAUACAUUUAUGGUAUUGGCAUGUUGGGGUGUGUUUCAAUGUAUGGACUCUUAAACAUGAUGUCAAUGUCAGGUGUGAGCCUGGGUGUAGUUGUAAGUAUCUUAGGUUAUUGUUUGUUACCCAUGGUGGCUCUAGCUGGUGUAAAUGUUCUUUUGUCAUUACAAGGACCCGUGGGUAUAAUUCUUACGGGUGCCGCAAUUCUUUGGUGUUCCAUCUCGGCAUCAAAGUUAUUUGUGACAGGCUUAGCCAUGGACCACCAACAACCUCUGGUUGCUUAUCCGUGUGCUCUUCUUUAUGCGGUAUUUGCUCUCAUCACCAUAUUCUAAGUGAAUGUAUGCCUGCCUUUAAUAUAACAAUUUGGAACAAUCUUAAGUUUUCUUUCAAAAUAACCUAGCUCGAUGUCCUCACCCAAGUUACAUUAAUUAAAUGAACUUUCACUUUGGUUGAAAAAUUUAAGUACUGUAAAUGUGAAUGAAAAUUGUGACCAGUUUAAUUGUGGUUUUGUUUGUAUAUUAUUUUUAUACAGAACUAAGUUAAGCAAGUACAUCUUGGAUCUUCAUUGAUUCAAAGGGAACAGUAAUAGCUUUAAAUAUAUUUAUGAAUUUUACCAGCUUUAGUUUAUUAUAAAUUGUUUUUAUGCAUUAUAAAUUUGAGAAAAUUAUUGCUAUCAGCCUUGCUUGCGCUUUCAUUAAAUUACAGUAUUUUUUUUUAUUUAAAUAAUCAAAUAUAUCAGUACUAGAUUUUGGAUAACAGCUUUGCUAUGAGUUCAGUACACAUCACAAAUUUCAAUAAUCUCGGUGACCUAUACUGCAUGAGUACAUUCGUUAAAAAUCUUUCUAUACUACUGUAUAUCCAAUUUCAGUAUUUCCUUUGGAAAGUUUAUCUUGAAGGGUACUGUCAUGUGGAAUCUUUCCCAGACAUUUAAUUUGCCUUGAGACAAUAAGAAUUUAUGAAGGAAAACAUGAAACAGUAUUAGAAAUGGAUUUUUUUAUUCGUCUACAGAUUCCAUGGAUAAUAGGACUGACUUGGUGUGUGGUCACCCAUGUUUCAUGGUAAUUUUUAGUUUGGGAGAGGUUUACAGUUAAACAUUUCUUCACUUAUACAUUAUACAAAUCAUAUACAGUAUAGUAUUUGUAAACAAAAAUUCUUUAUUUAAUCCCUGCAUGACAAUAAAAUAUCGAAUGAAUUAAUUUGUCAGCUAGGUGAAUAUCUUGUACUUUUUUAAAUGAUUGUGCUAUCAUAAAAUAUAUUCUUUA